AUGGACAUUGAAUCGGUGAGGUGUGCUUGCUGUAGCCUCAAAGAGGACUGCACCCAGGAAUACAUAGACAAUGUCAAGGGCAACUUUGGAGGGAAAUGGCUCUGUGGCUUAUGCUCAGAGGCUGUAAGGGAUGAACUCAGUAAACACAGGAGCAGCCAGGAUGGAAUUGAAGAGGCUAUCAAGGCUCAUAUGGAAUUCUGCAGGAUGCCGCUGUCAAGCCCAGCUGUCCGGGUAGCUGAUGGCAUGAAGGAGAUGCUUAGGAGGAGGUCAGGGGAAAAGAGGAGGCCAGCAACACCAUCAAAGGCACACCAAGAAUAG